AUUUUAUAUACAUAUUAAUGUAUAUAUAUAUAUACACACAACUAUAAACAAACGCGAGUAUUAGGGAAAGCUCCGACAUCAUUUUCCAAUAAGGCGUUUACAUUUUUGGUCCAGUGGAGUUUGUCAUACAUUUUCCAUCAUGCAGUUCGUGGUUACGCAGGUCACGUGACUCGACGUCUGUCAACAUGAGUGGGCUCUGCCGGGCAGGGAAGCAGCUGGACGCAAGCGAGCCGUGACCUGCAAUAAUUCCUUUUUAAAUAUAAAAACAUACAUAUUCAGAGCAGCUGUUUUUUUCCUCGCGGUAAAGUAACAAUGAACCGGCGCAACAGAGUCUAUUUUGUUAGCGCCCGGGAGUAAAAUGCGUCCGCUCGCUCGGCGUCUUUAGCUCGGCGCUAGCUUAGAACAGCAGCGCGAGCGGCAGCCGAUGGAGCGGCUUUCUGCGGCUCUGUGAACGUCUGUCUCUCCAGUGUUCCUCUUCUAGUUCACCUGCACUGUGCGGCACAUUUUAAACCAAGCGACAGCCUCGUUUGCGUCUUUUUAAAGUAGCUACAUGACACGUUUCUGCGGAGUCUCCGGUACCAGCGUUAGCUUAGACGAUGCGUUCACGGCGGCGCGGAGAUUACAAGUUCGCGAUUUAACGUCGCAGACUCUCGGUUAUCGGAACUUCUAGUAACAUUUUUUUGGUUUCACUAAAAGAAUAAAAACAACCACCAUGACUGCGUGAAGCAGGAGAAUGAGUGUGCGCCGCUGGGAAGCGAGAGGACGCCACCACCUUUCCCCGAAGACUGUCCGGCUCAACGUAUCGAUUAGCUGACCCAACACCGGAAAGUACCACCGGGGAAAAGCGCGCACACGCCCACGAGUCCGAAAAAAUACCCCGCUCUCGACUUUCGCCCAGCUCCUCUGUCUUCAUGGCUGGUGUCAGUAACGUGCUGUCCCCGCUCGGAGACGUGGCACUGGCAGGUCCGGGGUUACCCGUCACCAACACAUCGGUGUCCGCCUCUCCGACGCCCGGUACCGAUAACCGGGGCUGCGAGAACGGCGCCUUGAUGGACUCGUUCGGGAUAUUUCUGCAAGGGCUUCUGGCUAUGAUGGCAUUCAGCACGCUGAUGUUGAAACGCUUCAGGGAGCCGAAACAUGAGCGCAGACCCUGGAGGAUCUGGUUCCUGGACACCUCCAAACAGGCCAUCGGGAUGCUGUUCAUCCACUUUGCUAAUGUCUACCUGUCAGAUCUCACAGAGGAGGAUCCUUGCUCUCUAUACCUCAUUAACUUUCUGUUGGACGCCUCUCUGGGCAUGUUGCUGAUCUACGCCGGGGUGAGGGCCGUCAGUGCGAUUGUAGAGUGGAAGCAGUGGGACUCUUUGCGUUUUGGUGAAUACGGAGAGCCAGUGCAGUGCACAGCGUGGCUGGGCCAGUGUAUCCUCUACAUCCUCAUCAUGGUGUUUGAGAAAGUCCUCAUCAUGCUGGUCCUCCUCAUCCCACAGUGGAAGAAGCUGGCUCUCCUCAACCCCAUAGCGAACCCUGAACUGGAACUGGCCAUCGUCAUGCUCAUUGUGCCGUUCUUCGUCAACGCUCUCAUGUUCUGGGUGGUGGAUAAUUUCCUCAUGAAGAAGCACAAGACGAAAGCGAAGCUGGAAGAGAGGGAGGAGGACUCCCGGGGGAACAGCAAGGUGCGCUACAGACGAGCGCUGUCCCACGACGACUCCGAGUCAGAGAUCCUUUUCUCGGCCGAUGACGAAAUGGACGAGUCCGACGAAGACGACGUCCGGCGGCUCACCGGAAUGAAGACGCUGAAGAAGAAGAAGCUCCGCAUGGGGAUCCCCGUUUGACCCCGUUUGACCCCCGCGUGCCUCGCUGAUCCGCUCCGAGCGGGAUCUCCUCCGGCAGCUGUUCCCCUCGCAGCUGUUCCACCUCCACAGAUAUCAGCGUCAGCCUGAAGGGGGGGGGGGUCCAAUCAGACAUCUGACGGCAGGAGAGGGCUGCGGUCCUUUUACUGUCGACUCCUGGAGGACUCCGGCAUCCCAACUGGGGGAAUAUACCGAACGCGCACUGGGAGAUAUUUUUACGGUUAACCAGGUACAUCGGAUCACUGUCGCAACUCCUUGGAUGAGUGUUGUGUUCUAAAAGAAGGGGGAGAGACUUCAUGUAUGCAUGAUAGGAAAACCUUAACACUGGUCGCAUACUGUUUGGUGGACACUGGUGGCAGUGUGUGUGUGUGUGUGUGUGUGGGGGGUGGGGGCACACAACGGACCCGCACAUCAUGCAAACAAAACUGUUCAAUGGGGUUUGUUACAUGUGUCUGACGUGCAGGAUCGUAUCCUCCAUGCGGACCCCUUUUAGACGUUGUCCUUUUGUAUCCCCAUAUCGAUGUGUGUGUGUGUGUGUGUGUGAGAGACACACACCUCGAACUGAGAUGAGCAUCCCUGUCCGAACACUUUCCGGCCGCACGCGUGUCUCCUCCGUAUCUCACGUGUGCCGUUCCUCGUGCCGAGCUCGUCGCGACCUUUCCGUUUUUUUUAAUCUCCCGUCCUCUCCCGGCGUUCUACGCCGCGUCGUCCCGCCCCCCCCCCCCGAUGUCGACCUCCGCAUGUCUCCGUUGGCCUGUGACCGUUGUCCUGAUGUGCCCUGAUUGUGUGUUUCUUUCUCGUGUCUCAUUUCAAGUUGUCAGGUUUUUUGGGGGGUUUUGUUUUUGGGCCAAAAAGGUGACGACGCUUGUUCCCAAAGUGUUCUUUAUUCCUGAACGCCAACAAGGAGAGUAGACAUGGGAACCAUCUCUUGCACAAUGUACACAGCGUUCACCUUCCCGUUGGCGUUUGUGGGAUUUGUAUUAUUUUUUUUGUGUUUUUUUUGGUCUCUAAUGUGCCUGAAUGAAAUGACCAGCAGGUGGUUUUCUUUUUCUUUUUCUGAAUUUUUUUGGGUUUGAUCCACAUAUUUUCUGGACUGUUUUUUAACCGGAGCUCCAGAUGUUCAGUCAUUCAGCUGGCUCUGAUGUGACGAAUGUGACACGCAAAGACCUCAAAACUGUUACGUGACUGUGGACCAGACAGUCGGGAGAAAGUGUAUAUGUGUGUGUAAGUGUGUACGUUUGUGUGUGUGUGUGUGUGUGCACGCCAGUGUGUAUAUAUACCUGCAUGUACUGGCGUGUGCGCUGGAUGCAUGUGUUCAAGUGUGCGCCGUCGUCGGUGUGACUUCCUCUUUAAAGUGAGGGGGGGGGGGGUGACACACUGGCGAGCUCGGUGGCGGUGAUGAUGAUGAUGAUUUCAUGUUGAUGUUGCUGGCGUGUUGGCAGGGAAUAAAUGACACGAACGUUUUAAAAGGAGGAAAGUGAAGCAGUCGUGGUAACAAAGAGGGCUUUAAGUAUUUAGCUCAGCUGAUGACAGUGGGUGGGGGCGGGGGGUAAGUUAUCAUUCUAAAUGCUUUUCCA